AUGGCUACACCAACUCUCUACUCAUACGAGCCUGUAAAACCCCAUCAGCUACGACUAUUGAAGUUUUUAGACUAUGUUCUCGAUACAUUACGUCCAUUCAUUGAUGUGUUGGAGUCAAAGGGUCAACUUCUCGAUGGUCGGUGGUGGUGGAUAGAUUCAAUCUGCAUCAAUCAAUCAGAUGUUGAAGAGAAGGCCCAGCAAAUACAACACAUGCAACGCAUUUAUUCUCAGGCUAGCCGAGUCAUUUGCUGGCUUGGAAAAGAAUCAGGUGACAGUAAUAUUGCUAUGGAAUUCGUCAAACAUCUCGACAAGAUGUCCAGAGAAAAAUAUCACAUCGACAAGCUUCGCACGAUAUUACAGGCUAGUGAAUACCGUGCAAAAUGGGCAGCACUGGGCAAUCUUCUGUCUCGCAGGUGGUGGUCAAGGAUCUGGACCGUUCAGGAGUUCGUACUCCCCGCGAGUAUUUCUUUUUGGUGCGGCACACGCAGUGUCAGUAGGGUCGCCAUGUGUCGCAGCAUAAGCACCGCGGACAAAUGUCCCUCGGUCGGCAUAAAAGCGACUCAUGGCUUCAUCAAAGCAAACAACAGAAGAAGGGCACGUGGAUUGCACAAGUACACAACCAGCGCAGGAGUCAAUGUGACCCUGACUCUUGCAGCAUUGGCUGACUAUUUCUCUUGCAUGGAUGUAACGGAUGGCCGAGACCGGUUGUAUGGUCUGAUGGGUCUCUCUACUGACAAAUGGCUUCCGGAUGUCAACUAUCUCAUCAAUGCCGAAGAGGUCUGCCUACGUUUUGCGCAAGCUUUUAUAACACACUACAAAUCUCUUGACAUUAUAGCAUUCGCCUUGACUCAGAUUCGACCGUGUUCAUCCUGGCCGUCCUGGGUACCUAGCUGGCGGAAUGAUAAAGCCCUAGUUGUUCCUCUAAUGAUGCCUAGUGCUAGAUCGAAAAGAUCGAUAUAUGCGAUGUCCCAUGCCAACCGUUGA